GCGCGCCCCUCUUCCGCCGGCGGCCCCGAGGUGCGCGGGGCCCCGGGCGCAUGAAUGCCGCCAUGGAGAACAGGUUCCUCAUCGAGGUCACGAACGACUCGGACCACUCCUUCGUCUUCGAUGGCGAGUGGCUGCGCUCUGGCGAGUGGAAAUCCGGCGGGGCGCCUCCCAUUGGCCCGCGGUCUCUGACCGUUCUGGAGUUGGAGUCCAACCAUGCUAGAGGAGUCGCAGGCGUCUUCUGGUGGACAGACGCGGAGGACCACAGCCGGUACCUCUCCAUGGCGGCGGCGAACCCGCGGCUGCAGUCGCCACAGUUCGUCUGUUACGCUGGUGAGCCGCCUGGGAACCUGAGGGACGAGCUGGACCUUGCCCCCAGGAGGACAUGCCCGACCUCAGGGUAGCGGUAGCGGCAUGGGUACCUUUGCCUCCCCUGGGCGGGGGCCGCGCCGGGCCGAGCGCGCGAGGCCGCCUCGGGCCGCCCCCGGUUGCCGCGCCUCCGACGCCGGUCGUCUGAUCUUCCGCCCAG